AUGAGUUCACAAUCAGAGAGUGUUCAACUGAAAGAUAACACGGACUUACAAAUACAGAGAAUAAUAGAGAAACAUGAGAAGAAGAUGGAAACACACGGGCUGGAGGAGCCGAGGAAGAGACACAGGCUGUCGGGUAUGGAGGAGGAGAGUCAGAGGGAGAGGAGCAGAGUGCAGCUCGUGAAACAGAUAGCGGCCAUACUGAAGCAAGGGGACAUGAGGUACACCAAGGACGGCCUGCACAGGACCUUCCAGGAUGACGACUUGUUGGAGCGUAUCUUCCGUCUGUUCUGUGAUGAGGAGCAUCUCGUUCAAGAGGAGUGGAUAGAAUCACUCAAGGAGAGACUACAAGAAGAUAAACAACUGGACUUCGUGGAGCAAGUAGAGAGUGUCGCGUACGUGUUGUGUGGUGACGGAGUGGUGACGAAGGAGACGUUCAGUAAGAUAUGGAAGAACAAGGUGGUAGGUGGCGCCACUAGCGUGGAAGAUAAAGAGUAUCUCCAUAUUCUUCUCUAUAUAACUCAUAUAUUUCCCGGUUCUGUUCGUUCCAGUAAGUCUGACUACCGUAUCUCCGGUAUCCUCGACUUCGGCGACAUCCAACACUCGUGUGUGUUGUUCGAGUUGUCCGUGUGUAUGACGUACGCCAUGCUGGUGUCCGGUCCACGCGCCGGGGGGGUGGUGCUCGCCGGGUGGAGCGUCACCAGGAGACUCACCGACCAGGAGUACAGACUACUGAAGCCCUUGGUAUCAGCUCGUCUGGUCCAGAGCUUGGUGCUGGGCGCGUACACUCGGGAACAGGAGCCGGAGAACAAAUACGUGUCCUCUACGGAGAAGGCCAACGGAUGGGAACUGUUGAAGAAGAUAAGGAAGAAUAAACCCGACCCUGAGGACGACUGUACCAACUGGAAAGAUAUCGCCAAUGACUUCCUCACGAGGAGUUAG